CUACCACUAGUAGCAAGCAGCGAUGGCUUGAGGCUGUUAAUUCAAGAACACUGGAAGCGGAUAUACUAAAAUGGCUGCAACUUCUCUACUGCCAAAGUCAAUUUCACAAUUUCUCAUCAAUCCGCCUUCAAUUCCCUCAACAAGCUUAAUCAAUGUCACCUUUGUAAACAAUUCAGCAGACUUAAUUUUAUGCACCAAAAAUUCAUGCAAGAUUGUGACCAAUGCCAAGAAAAAUCCUUGGCUUGACCCUUUUGACGACGGUGUCGACCCCGAAAUGGAGUAUGGCUCGCUGUUUUCCGAGGGAAAGCAAGAUGAAGAUCCAAGGCCACCUGAUAAUCCUGAUAAUCCUUACGGGUUCUUGAAAUUCCCAAUGGGAUAUAAUGUCGAAAUUGCUUCAUUGGGAUUGAAAAUUCGAGGCGACGUUAGAAGAUGUUGUUGUGUUAUUUCUGGUGGAGUUUAUGAGAAUUUGUUGUUCUUUCCAGCAAUUCAGUUGUUGAAGGAUAGAUAUCCUGGUGUUCAGAUAGACGUUGUGGCAUCUGACAGAGGGAAACAGACUUACGAGUUGAACAAGAACGUCAGAUGGGCUAAUGUUUAUGAUCCAGAUGAUGACUUCCCUGAGCCUGCAGAGUAUACUGAUACAUUAGGAGUUCUUAAGAAUAGAUACUAUGACAUGAUCCUGUCAACAAAACUAGCAGGGAUUGGACAUGCAGCAUUCUUGUUUAUGUCAACAGCCCGAGACAGGGUUAGUUACAUAUACCCAAAUGUAAAUGCUGCAGGAGCAGGAUUGUUUCUUUCAGAAACAUUUAAACCAGACAGUACGAAUCUCUCUGAGGGUGGAUAUCACAUGUACCAUCAAAUGGUGGAUUGGUUGGGGAGACCAGGUCGUAAGGUACCAAGGCACCCUGUACCUCCCCUAAAAGUAUUGAUCUCAAGGAAACUUAAGGAGGUUGUAGAGGCUAAGUAUCAGAAGGCAGGUGUGCAGAAAGGGAAAUAUAUAGUCAUCCAUGGGAUUAAAGCAGAUUCAAAAGCUAAUAUGCAGUCCAGGGGAGACGCUGACAGUUUGCUUCCAAUUGAAGUAUGGUCUCAGAUAACCAACGCGAUUAAUGGACUCAGGCCUGUUUUUGUCAUCCCACAUGAGAGGGAAAGGGAGAAUGUAGAGGAUGUUGUUGGAUAUGAUGCAAGUAUGGUGUUCAUUACUACUCCUGGGCAGCUGGCUGCUCUUAUCAAUGACUCUGCUGGGGUAAUAGCAACAAAUACAGCAGCAAUUCAACUUGCAAAUGCGCGAGAAAAGCCCAGCAUUGGGUUGUUCUCUUCUGAAGAUAAGGGCAGGCUGUUUGUUCCAAAUGCAGAAGCCAAGAAAUGUUCGAUUAUUUCAUCUAAAACUGGAAGACUAAUAGAUAUUGAUGUUGAAGCAGUCAAGAGUGCAGUUGAGAUUUUCACAGUUCCCCUUGCCCUGGCUUCUGUAUAGCAGAUUAUCCUCCAGAUUACAGUUAAAUACAGAGUAUUAUGUCCUCUUGGAUUUUAAAAUCCAAAGUUCACUGACGACGUAUAUCUAGUGAAUUCAACUCAUCAUCCAAAAUUCCCGUGUCUAAAUGGCAACAAAGCAGCAUUGAAGAGUC